UGUUUUCUUUGCUUCGCACGAUGUUACUUCAUUUAUUCCUGCAACUCAACUACAAUGGCAUUAGCACAAUCAUGCCAUCACCGCAUGGACGCAUCCACGUUUCAUGUGAAUGCGCUCCUAGCACAGCCGCCGGAGGAAAUGGCGGCAGUUCCGGACACCUGCUAUCUCCGACUUGAGUUCUAAAAACCGCAAUGCUUGCUGCAGCGACAGCGAUUUCCUUGGUAUCUGCUGAAUAUCGUUAGGCACGCUGCUGCCUUUUAUCAUCAACCACGAGUUCUUCGCGAGCAUCGCUUCUUCCUGGCCUCAUAACUCUCUUCAAGUUAUCAUUGCCCUUCUUGACCCCUUCUCCAUUACAAGCUCACCCAUCACUUGCCAAAGGGUUUCAUGAUGUCAGAGAACUUCAUCGAAGAUGAAUCUGUUUCGUAUCAAAUUCUAGCUGGUGCUGUCAACUUCGAGGUUGAGGGCGUCAUUUUCAGGCUCCCCAAAAGUAUUUUGCAACGUUACGAAAGCUCUGCCUUUUCCAACAUGAUAGGAGACUCCAACAACGAGUCCAAUUUGCCGAUCCAUCUUACUGACACACGUGAAGCUUUUACCGAAUUCCGCCGGGUUGUGUACACACCUCUCGAGUCAUGUCUCAGUCAUCAUCACCGAUUGUCCAAGGAUCUGGAGAAAGUGCUCAUGGUACAAAAACUGGCGCACAAAUACUGCCUCUCGGUGAUGGAAAAUAUGGCAGCCUCUGCUGCACUCAAUCUUGCUGCAGAUGCUGAAUUACUGCGCUCACAUACUACUGCCUCCCUUACGCCUCUCGAUAUCCUUGUCCACGCUUUGGAUGUCGAGUGCGAAGAGCUAGCCGUGACAGCACGCAAUGUUGUCAAAGAAGAUUUAUGGGCGUCCACGUUGUGCCCGUAUGAUGUGAUAUCCGGUUUGAACAAUUACAAUGAGGGAGAAGUUCAGGCAACAGCGUACUACCAAAUUUUGCUCAAAGGACAGAAUAAUUGGUUGUAUGAAAAACGGCUUGAUCGAUCUCAUCAUCACUACUUAUACAUUGGGAUUGCUAACCUCUCGGCAGAAUGGGAGUCAGUCUUCGCCGAUUGGGGAAGCUUGUUUCAUGUCGGAAUUCACAUGCCUGUCACGAAUGGCUGGAAUAUUUGGUGUGUUUAUUGUGAACUCCACUCGCGGAUAUGGAGGAAUUUGGGAGCAAAGAGGUUCCAACAGUUUGAUGUCCUUGGGAAACUCAAGGCCAUUAAGUCAUGGACGACUUUUCCCAAAUACUCAGAGGUUGUGCUACCGGCUGUCACUGAGCAAAUCAACCGGAUUGAAGGUAAAAUCCACUCUUUCUUCCAGGAUCCUCACGAAAUCCCUGUCACGGAAUCAUCAUGAUUCACGUUGAUAUUGGCUGCAGUUGCCCGCUACUGGCACUGUCGAUCAUCGGAGCAUGCUUGUACCCAUCUUAUGCACCACGCACAAGUCUCUGUAAUUGCUGCCUGCCUCGACUGAUACCCGGCCCUUCUUCACACUUGCUACCCGUACACAACCUCCCCUGUAAAUCUCAAUAACCAAC